GUUGGGUAAGAGGCAAUGGAGUGUUGAAUACGGCUACUGUACCACGACACCAAGAGACUAAAGUGACUUACUGAAGAUAGUGCGUCCGAGAUACUACGACUGUGUAUAGAAAGUAAACACUACCAGCUCCCAAAGAACCUGGAGAAUCGCUGUCAGAAACACUACAAUUAUGACCACACUCCAGGACCACAGAGCAAGAGUGAGAGCUUCAAGAACGUCAGCACUGUGUGUCACCGUAAACUGGACCUUCUGAGCGCUGAAAUUAUUGUGUUGACUCGCUUAAGAACUCGAUAGCGACGGAGAGACGAAGAGGAAGCAAGUAAGUGUUGUCUCAAGUGCUGGAGGCUUUUAUGGGGGUCACCUGAGUACUGACUGUGAGAACAAUAGACGUCAAGUAUCACACCAACCAGAGUGACAACAACGGGAAGAAAAACAACAGUGUGACAACAACGGGAAGGAAAACAACAGUGUGACAACAACGGGAAGAAAGUGUAAACGGCCUUCUUCGGGUAUAGAUAUUAACUAGGACAAGUACCGCUUCUACGGCCAGGACAAGUACCGCUUCUACCACCAGUACCCAGACGUCUUCAGUACCAGUAAAAAAAAAAACAUAUCUACGAGUAUCCACUGCCGGUGGUUGACUUAUUGUUGCAUAUAUAUAAUUUAGUCACGUUUGUCGACUAACUAUCGCCAGAAAUACCAGUGAUAAAGUGAUAAGAGAAGCUGUACUCUCACACUAUCAGCGAUUAAGACCAUACGGUGAUAACUACUACUACUACUGGUGCUACUACUACUACUACCGAUACUACUACUACUAUUACUGCGUCGUUGAUACCAUCCAUCUUAUACGGUCAUUACUACCACAAUUACCAGCGCUACUAACCCUACCACUACCUGCAACCAUAUCACCACCUCUACCACAAUCUUCAACGUUACCGACGCCCAUCCCAUCACAACCACUACUACCACUACUUCCACCACCACUGCUACCACUAUUACUACCCCAACCGAAUCUACUACCACCACUACUCCCACCACCAGUAGUCCUCAACCCACGACGACCACAACUACUACCACCAGCAACAGUCCUCAGCCCACAACUACUACCACAACUACCACCCCUACCACCACCAUAUUCGGCGUGAGCAGUAGCAUGGCGGGCGGGUACCUCGGCGGAGCAGGGGGGUUGGGGGCGGGCCUCCCUCCCCUCCCUACCGAGAUCCUCAUGGACGAGUAUAUGUUCGGACGACGACGACAGCGUCGGAACAGGACGACCUUCACGGCCCAGCAGCUGAGUGAGUUGGAGGCGCUGUUUCAGAGGACACACUACCCAGACGUGUUCCUGAGGGAGGAGGUCGCCUGCAGGAUCAACCUAUCUGAGGCUCGAGUACAGGUGUGGUUCCAAAACAGGCGCGCAAAAUGGCGUAAACAGACAAGAAUGCAGUUUGUCCAGGAUGCUUGGCGGCUUCGUUACCUCGGCCUCUCCCCGCCGGCGUGGCUUACCCGUUCCCCGCCGCCGCCACCAGGUCCCGCCAGUCCCACGGCGGGGAGGGGUCAAGGGGCGCCUCUCCCUUCCCCACCCCUCGCUCUGCCGCCUAGCUCCGCCUCCGAAGCCCCAGUGGGCGGAGACAGAACGGUAAACUCCGCCCCUCGCUCCGCCUCCCCCGCCACUACCCCCCCUACUGAUCUGACGACUGCCGAUCGCUUGGCCGCUGCAACAAGGUGA